AUGGAUAAAUAUUAUCGUGUUCCAAGAACAUAUGAUAAUGAUACAGAAGCAAAUGAAGUUAGAAUCGGAGGUGUACAUAGUCAAGUUAGUUCAUCAAUUGAAUAUGGAUUAAAUUUAUUUAACAAACCACAUGAUUCGAUCAUUGUUAAAGCAAUUGGUAGUAAGAUGAUAUCAAAAGCAAUAUUCACAGCAGAGAUCAUUAAACUUAGAGUACCAGGAUUACAUCAAAUCACAGAGAUAGGUACCACAGAGAUCGUCACUCAAUACAUGCCAAAGGAAGAAGGUUUGGAUAAAGUUGAAAUCUCAAAAAAGUCUGCCUUCAUCAAAAUUACUUUAUCGAAAACACCAUUGGAUACAACUAAUCCAGGUUAUCAACCACCUCUUCCAGAAUCGGAAACUCAAAAGAAACCAACAAGACCAAGAGAUUACUCACCACGUAGAACUAGAGGUGGAUUUAGAGGUGGCAGUAGUGGUGGAUUUAGAGGUGGUAGUGGUGGUGGAUUUAGAGGUAGAGGUAGAGGUGGUGGUUUUAGAGGUAGUAGUUCUCAUCCUUCAACAGCAACAGACAAUACAGCAGCAACAACAACAACAACUUCACCAUCAACGUCUACUACAUCACCAACAACAACGACAACAACAACAGCACCAGUUGAACAACAACAACAACAACAACAACAACAAUAUCAACCUUCAGAUAGUGGAUUCAGAGGUAGAGGUAGAGGUGGAUUUAGAGGUCGUGGUAGAGGUAGAGGUGGAUUUAGAGGUCGUGGAAGAGGUAGAGGUGGAUUUAGAGGUCGUGGAAGAGGUAGAGGUGGAUUUAGAGGUGGUUCACCAUUAAAUAGUAAUUAUCAAGAAUCAGAAUCAUCUUCAUCAACAACCAAUACAACAAAUACUGCAACUACAUCAGCAACAAAUAAUUCACCAAAUCCAACAACAAUAACAACAACAGAAGGUAAUGAUUUUAGACCAAGAAGAGGUAGAGGUGGAUUUAGAGGUAGAGGUGGAUUCAGAGGUCGUGGUGGAAAUAGAUCAUCAAGUAAUUCUCCUUCAUCAUCUCCAAAUCCAACAACAACAACUACAACAUCAACAACUUCUCCUACUCCAAAAUAA